UACAGCACGGAUGAGGCAGCCAUGCAUCUGGCCACCACAAUCUCAGUGGUAGUGCUGAGUGUUUUGUCCCUCCUGGUGACGCUGCUCGAGACAAGCAGCUGGAGUCGGAGAUCGGGACAGCAAACACUCAACUUCACAACAUUGAUAAAGUUCAUGGCCUUUUUGAGUGGUAAUCUGGCAAAUACGUUCUUCCUGGUCACUUUUGGGACAGGCGUUUACUGGCUUGUGGUUUUUAAGGCCCAACUUUCCGUUGUUACUGCAAUGCUGCCCUCUCCUGGUGGCAGUAUAGAAAGGCAUUUUAAAAGCUAUGUGUCUCUGGCCUUUAUUCUCAAAGCCCUGCAACUCAUACACCUGCUGGUGGUGCAGCUGUCUGUUGAUAUAUUUCUCAUUGACUGGGAGAGACCUCAGAAUAAGCCCAGGGCCUCAGGACCCUCGGCUCCUCUGUCUGGUCCGGCGGCGUCCGCUGCUCCUGCUGCUCCCUCGGCCUGGAGGCGCCUCCUGGUGGCCAACGAGUGGAAUGAGCUGCAGGCGGUGCGGAGGGUCAGCCUGGGGCUCCAGCUGCUGGCCGCUCUGCUGCUCCUACAGGUGGUGGGCCUGGUGAACUUGGCCACCAGAGACCUUCAGCUGAAUCUGCAUUCUGGGGGAGAUGGCCUCUCCUCCCUAGACUGCCCCGUCCUCAGAUAUGGCAUCAUCACCUCAGUGUGGCUAGGACUGGGACUGCUCCAGCUGCUCAUCUAUCACCUGUUGUAUGAGCGCUGUGUUGAGGACAAAGUGCGCCAGUUUGUGGACCUGUGUUCCAUCAGCAAUGUAUCUGUGCUUGUUCUCAUACACCGUUGCUAUGGAUAUUACAUACAUGGUAGGUCCGUCCAUGGAAAUGCAGACGUGAGCAUCGAGACUUUGAGAAACAACCUUAGGAAUGAGGAGGAGAACCGUUGUGCCCAGCGUGGUUUGGAACCCCACUCUGACACCCAGGUGUUUGAAGUGGCGCUGACGGAACGUGUCUGCCAACAGCUGAACAGAGUCACCCUGCCUCUAACUGAGCUCAGUGAGAGGAGACAUGGAGACAGAGCAGAGAGACGGAGCCAGGCAGAUCGAGUCUCCCACAACAUGAACACUCUCCUCUCCUUAUUCCUUCAGCAUUCCCUGAAGGACAUGGACUAUAUUGUGAAAGAUAAAUUGGCCCUUGAGAGGAUUCUGAAGUAUGAAUUUCAGCAACCUACUGAGAGGAGUGUGCUCUACAAAGACCCAGAUGGUGCUGUCUUUGGUGAGGUUCUCUACUAUGGUAAAGAACUGCUGCUUCUGAUCUUUGACACCCUCCUGUUCUGUGUCAUAGAUAUGGCCUCACGGGACCUAGUGCUUGCAGCAGUACUCACUUACACUGUGCAACAAGUUCUGGAUAUCAUACGUUUUCGUGUCUCCAGACGCAAUUUGUCUUCCAAGACGCUGGUGGAUCAGUGCUUUCUUAUCUGAAGGCUGAGAGUCAAGAUUUAUCUGGUCUUCUUCAUCGUGUCGACUCUUGUACAGACUUCACUUUUGCAAGGCCAGGUGGCAAUAUCUAAGUGUUGAUAAUAAUCAGCACUGAUAAGUAGAUCUGUUUUGAUAAAUCAAAGUAAACAAUAGCAGUUUGGUGACUAGCCUACAGACCCUCGCUCCAUGCAGAAGGACAAAUCGGAUUGAUUAGGCCUACAAUAUUUGGCCCGUUGGAGGAGAGGGUAAUGAGAUGAGAUCAA